AUGAACCACCUCGAACCUGAACUCUUUGCUCACUACAAGCAACUCCAAAAGGAAGAACCUGUCCUCAAGGAAAAUCCACAUCGUUUCGUUCUCUUCCCAAUCGAACAUCAAAAGGUUUGGGAGAUGUACAAGAAGGCCAUGGCAUCUUUCUGGACUGCUGAAGAAGUGGAUCUCCACACAGAUAUUGCUCAAUGGGAAACUCUCAAUACCAAUGAACAACACUUCAUCAAGACUGUUUUGGCCUUCUUUGCUGCCUCCGAUGGUAUUGUGAAUGAGAACUUGUGUCAACAAUUUAUGGCUGAAGUUCAAAUUCCUGAAGCCAGAUGUUUCUAUGGAUUCCAAAUUGCCAUUGAGAAUAUUCAUGCAGAGAUGUAUUCAACUCUAAUUGAAACCUACAUUAAGGACACGAGAGAAAGACAUCGUCUCUUCAAUGCCAUUGAUACUGUUCCAUCCGUUCAAAAGAAGGCUCGUUGGGCUUUGAAAUGGAUCAACUCGGAUAACUUGUUUGCUGAACGAUUGAUUGCCUUUGCUUGUGUGGAAGGUAUCUUCUUUAGUGGAUCUUUCUGUUCCAUCUUUUGGAUGAAGAAGAGAGGUUUGAUGCCUGGAUUGACCUUCUCCAAUGAAUUGAUUUCUCGAGAUGAAGGAUUACACACGGACUUUGCUUGUCUCUUGUAUUCCAUGCUCAAAUAUACCAAAUUGCCUCAAAAGGUUGUACAUUCAUUGGUCAGUGAAGCUGUUGAGAUUGAGAAGGAAUUCAUUCGAGAAUCUCUCCCUGUGGACUUGAUUGGUAUGAAUUCUCGUCUCAUGCAACAAUACAUUGAAUUUGUUGCUGAUCGAUUACUUGUCUCGAUAGGAUAUGAUAAGGUUUACCUUGUCCAAAAUCCAUUCGAUUGGAUGAAUAUGAUUUCAGUGUCUGGUAAGACGAACUUCUUUGAGAAGAGAGUUGGUGAAUAUGCAAAGGCAAACAUUAUGUCACCAAAGAGAGAGAAGGUCUUUAGAUUGGAUGAUGAUUUUUAA